GGACAAGGAACAAGAAAAUUUCCCUUCCCCGGCGCAGGUGAGUUUGGACUUGGAUCGGGAGAGGCGAGAGUAGUCGGAUUAACUAAUCAGGGGCAUAGAAAGGAGAGAAAAUGGGAAGGGAAGUGUCGGAGAGUUGCGUGGACAGUCUACUGACGGAGAUGGUGGCAUCCUAUUGCAAUCGGUUCUACGCCAAUAAACCUGAGCUCGCCGCCCGCAGGAUCGAGGCCAUUGGGUAUCAAGUUGGUCACCAGCUCUCUGAAAGGUAUACCAUGGAGCGGCCUCGUUUCAGUGAUCAUCUGGAGGCUAUCAAAUUCAUCUGCAAGGACUUCUGGUCUGAGCUCUUUAAGAAGCAGAUUGACAACUUGAAAACUAAUCACAGGGGUACCUUUGUGUUGCAAGAUAAUAAAUUUCGCUGGCUUGCACACAUGUCAAUUGAUCCAUCCGUUGAUGGAAGUUCAAUUGAAGAUAAUUCUGUGAUUUCAGCUGAAAACAAGGCAGCACAAGCAAUGAGCAUGCAUCUUUAUUUCCCGUGUGGGAUCAUUAGAGGAGCUCUCUCAAAUUUAGGAAUCCCUUGUGCAGUUUCUGCAGAUAUAUCUAGCCUUCCAGCAUGUAUGGAUAUCCUUCAUUAUUUUAUUUUUCAGUCUCUCACUCCAUGCGUGCAUCUGUGUGUGUCUCUGAGAGAGAGAGAGAGAGAGAGAGAGAGAAUUAGUCAAGAACGACUCUCAUUUUGAUGAAGUGUCUUCUCUAGAUGUUCAAUUUAUAUCCUUUGAUCAUUAUGAGGGGUUUUUAUUUUUAUAGGUUUUUAUAUGGCAUGUGAUGAAAUGGAUCAAGCCUUGCGUCUUUGUGUUUGUUUGUUUUAUUAGAUUCCUUCCAAGCUUUCCUAUAUGCUUUUGCCACUGGAUGAAUCAUUCUUUAACUGUGACUGAUUACCCUUAGAAUGGUGAAGGUUCAGCUAGAUGAUAUUCAGAUUGCAUGUUUUGCUUCCAACAUUUAGGUGCCUUAAUCUGUGUAGUUAAAGGCGAUUGGUUGAGGCACCAAAGGGUCAUGAGUAGCAUUUGCUUUAGCCAAGUGCUUGCCUAGCAGUGCCUUUGGAACUUUUGGCGUCAAUUUAGCCGGGCACCUGAGAUGCCUAGUGGGAUGGCUUGAACAGAAGGGCAAUUUAGAAGCCGAGCCCAAGUGUUAUAAGACAGUCAAAGGAUAAACUAGGAAAUUAAAAAUCCUAGUGACUUGCUUCAUCAGGGGUGCCUUCGUUUUAGUUGUCUGUCUUUAGCCCGACUACCCUGUUUUAAAUCAAUCCUUUAGACCUUGAACUUGAGUCGCUACCUUAAGGAUUCAGCUAGUUUUUGAAAUUUGGCAUCGUUCAUGAAUUUCAAUUGAUAAGAUCAAUUAAUAGCAUGAUUUGCUUUAAUCAUCUCGUGUCAUUGAGCAGGUUCAUUUGUGGUCCGCAUAAAAGUUUGAACAGCUUAUAGCUAUGUUGCUAUCCAUUUGCACAGCCUGGAAGUAUUUACAUCUUCUGAAACAAUGCUUUGGUAUCCUUGAGUUUUCUGGAUUGUAGAAUAUUGAUGACUCGUUGAACGGGAAGGGCUUCCAAGGAACCACCGGGGACUCGUUCUUUCCAAUGCAGGUUUUGUUCAAGCUCACGGUGAUAUAUUGAUUCCUCAUGAAUUAUGUGUCAUAAUAUGAAAGAAUGUUGAGUCUCAUUAUGAUGCCAAGUACUCGGAUUCUAUGGAACUGAGUGCUGUUCUCAAUGUGUAUCCUUCGGAUCUUCUUUGACCGCCAAUUUGUUUGAACCUUUCUUCCUUUGAAGUUUUCGAAAGUGAGUUUGUAUUUUGUCUUUAGAAGGUAGAUUCACCGUGAGGAGAUUCGUUGAAUGCGCGUGUCAAGUUGCUACUAGGGCAUGGGAAGUAAAGGGGAAAAUGGCGAGUGACAAGUGACAACAGGUUUAUGUUUCGCAAAAUGCUACAUUAUGCG